AUGCCUGUGCCAGAUCCACGGGCGGGGCAGGCGUUCAUCUGUCUCAUUACCUUAUUUCUUUUUCUAUCGAUCGCGGUCGGAGGAGGUUGUCUCAUUGCGUACACAGUCCUUCCUUACCCUCCAGUUUGGCUCUCCUACCUUGGCAUUUUCUUUGUUUGCCUCCCUUGGUCCUUUUGGAUCCUUACCUUUGCAUACCGCAUUAUUUCACGCACUUUUGGAUUUAGGAUGGUCAUUGGAUCCGGCGGUGGUAAUAAUAAUAACAACAACAACGCGAAUGGAGAAGCCAUGCCACGCGAUAUUGACCCUCCUGAGCAAUCUUUAGAGUCCCCUGAUGAUGAUGAGCCAGAGACAAUAGCUCACCCACAAGGCCAAGUUCUAGUGUCUAUGGAAGGGAAUCAAUCGAAAAAACGGAUGUCAACCUCCAGCAAUUCUACUAUCAAUUCACAUGAAAGUGAGAUGCCACUAGCCAUUUCUAUGGGCUCAUGA